GCUAGACCAUGCCUUAAUGUAAAAGUUGGUGCAGGGUCACUCACUACAAAUGUGUUCCCACAAGCUUGUCCAGCACCACUGCUAUCCACGGCCAUCAAGCCUGGUGGAUGCAAACCGCGAGGGGGGCAGGCAAAGGGGUAUGAAAGCCUACCAUCUGACAAGUUGAAGGUGAAAUAUCAGGUUGGGGGGGGCACGUUGACGUCAAGGAAAAUGGAAAAAGAACUUUGUUUAAGGACUCACCACAAUUUUCAUCUAAGUGUGGCAAGAAUGGCAUGUCUCUAUCUCCUUGCAGCGGACAGGGGGGCAUAUGCCAUCAAACAUGAUGAAUGGAGAGAGUGGCAAGUCUAAGCAGGUGUUGGAUACCCAUAUCACCAGUGAUUUUCAUAACUUUGACAGCCUGUCAAAGAGUGGACACGGAGGCAAGGCACCUUGUAGCAUGCCACCCAUGAAUAGUCGACAAAGGGGUAUGUCACCAACCACAAACAAUAGACAUAUAGACAUACCGAAGAAGCCACAACAUGAAACCACACAUGUUUUUAGUAAGCAUACUAAUAUGACUAAGUCUGGCAAGGGAGGCCUGUCAUCAACCACAACCAGUAAAUUAAUAAGUGUGCCUAAUAAGCCACAACAUGAAGCCACACAUGCUUUUAGUAAGCAUGCUAAUAUGGCUAAGUCUGGCAAGGGGCGCGCGUCAACAACCAUGAGCAAGGGUAUGAGGGGCCUGUAUCCAACCAAUGGACAUGGGGGAACGUCACCGAAAGUGAAGAAACGAGUGGGAGGCAAGUCUAGGAGUGUUCAUUACACUCAAGCCCUCUAUGAUUUUCACCAUCACGAGAGUGUGUUAAUGGAUGGACAAGGAAGAAAGUCCAUGCUUAAUAGUUCUCAUGGCAUGCCAAACAUGAAUGGCAGACAAGGGGGCAUGAAUAAGACAUCUCGGCAUAUAAUAACCAAACAUGGUCAUACAAAGAACUAGAAGUCGUUAUGUGCUACGUGUAGAAGUCAGCAAGGCGUAAGGGUUUAACAGGGCCAUGUUGGCCACAACAUGGCCCUCUAUGAUUUUCACCAUCACGAGAGUGUGUUAAUGGAUGGACAAGGAAGCAAGUCCAUGCUUAAUAGUUCUCAUGGCAUGCCAAACAUGAAUGGCAGACAAGGGGGCAUGAAUAAGACAUCUCGGCAUACAAUAACCAAACAUGGUCAUACAAAGAACUAGAAGUCGUUAUGUGCUACGUGUAGAAGUCAGCAAGGCGUAAGGGUUUAACAGGGCCUUGUUGGCCACAAGGGUGGUCAUCAAUUCGUUGAGUCCAACCACUCAUCUUUCCAACUAUAUGGGAUGAACAAGCAUGACUGCGGUGAACCAAGGAAUAUAAAAACUCGUGGUCUCUUUCUUGCGCCCAAUGAGUUAAGAAUACUUGGAGUAUCACCAGAAACAAGACAAGCACAUCAGGUUCAACAUCAACCCAACAUGUCUAGUAAGGCGGCUAAGGCAGAGGAUCUUGAGACCCCCUACAAGGCCACCAAGGCAAGACAAGUGGACCGGGCACAAUCCAUGGUUGAGUUGGGAAAUUCAAAACCAACUUAUAAGGAGCCAUCUCUUUCCAAGGAGAGUAAACAUGUUGUCUAUGGAUGGCUUGUCUGGUUUAAUCCAUGGACUUUGAAGUGGGUAUACACCUUUGGCACGUUUGUGGUGGCCAAAGGGUAUGGAGAACAGUGAUGCAUGUCACUCUUUGCUAUAUUAAAAUAAAUAAAUAAAUACUAGUAAAAUAAGAGAGAAAAAGCCAAUCAUGGCAAAAAAAAAAAAAAAAGAGUUGCAACACUUGCGAUGUGAAAACUUUGCCUUGACUGGUAAACAACGAUUCAAGUGGCUGGGUCUAUGGAGCCCCUUACGAUCGUAUGAGUACACCAUGCAACUUCAUGGCAUGAAUAGCUGACUGGCUUUCCGUCAUGGAUCGUGUACCUUCCAUGCCACCUGUCUAAGGAUGCAUACUUGUUGAAAGAGGAUCGGGUGCUACAUGAUCGGUUGAUCAAUGCAAGUAUCUCAAGCCUUAUGUCAUUUUUUCUUUGGGGCAAGGGGUAUCAAAGGGUUCAAAGUUAACCAACCAUCCUCAUGGUAGGCAUGACAUGACACCCUCUUUGUGGACAGAGUUGUAUAGCUAGCCAUGACACGGAGGGCGUAUUGGGAUAGAAUAGUGGAGACAGUGAUUGAUUUUGGCCUUUUAAUUAUCAAGGCCAAUGACGGUUGGAUAUGCUGCAGGGGUGGUUUAGUGUGUUUUGGUUUUUAUUAUUGAAACCAACGAGCAUUUUCAAGUGGUGUAGUUGACGUUAACUACUUAGUCCAUAAUCCUUAUGCACUAAGUAGUUGGGGGACAUUUGUUUACCACUAAAAAUCACUCAAUACAACAUUGAUUAUUUUCAAAGAGUGGUAGUGAUUUAUAAGGCCAACUUAACUAUAUUAAUUAAAUUGGUUUAAGCUAGGCCUAAAUAAUGGUAUUUUGGGCUUCAUACCAGGUACCUCAAUACACACCACUUGACCCACCAAACACCCACCCGUCACGGAAGAUGGGUCAAGUGUCAAGCGUUGACACCCUUCAACAUCAACCACCCAAGUGGGCACCCCAUCAUACUUAGCCAAAAUUUAGCUCCACUAAUCGCCUACUUACCUCGCGGGUAAUUACCCCUAGACAUGAUGGGGUGAAGAAAGCCAAAAUUUGGCUAAGUGUUGAGACCCACAGCACAAGGGGGGUCAUGCAUGACAUCGUCCAAUGAGGGUCUCGUAUAAGGGGGGUCAAGCAUGACAUCAUCCCAGGGGGGUCAAGCAUGAUGUCAUGCAAAGGGGUCAUCGAGCUAGACCAUGAUAGGAAAGAAGGCAAAAAUUGGCUAAGUGUUGAGACCCAUAGCACAAGGGGGGUCAAGCAUGACAUCAUCCCAAGGGGGUCAAGCACUAUUCCAUCUACCUACCUUGCACCAGGAGGGUCAUGCAUGACAUCGUCCAGGGGGGUCAAGCACUAGGGUGUCAAGCAUGAUGUUGAGGUGAAAAUUGGCCAAGUGUGGAGAUCCUGACACGUCUUGACUCUUUUCAAAAACCAAACCACAACUCAGACCACAAACAGGCUACUCCGGAGCAACCAAACCACUUUUUAAAAAAAAAAAAAAAAUCGACAAUGUUUAAGAAUUUUUUUAACGAAAAGCCCCAACACUUGGGCAAAUUCUCAAUCUCGAACACUUAAAACGACUUAACACAGAAUCUCGAGUUUAUACUAAUAACCAGGAAACAGAAUAAAUAACUAAUCUAACUUGACUCCUCACGAGCUUCCCGAUAUCCCGUUGACACAGGUACUGCUGCUCGCCUCGCCCUGCUUCUUCUCAUGAUCCACUUCUGCUAGACUAUCCUCAACCUGGUGAGUGAGAAGGGGUCAGUCUCGUCGUUACUUCCUAAGGUCUUUGCCCUAGGCAAACUCCGUACUAAACACGUUAUUAGGGG